AUGGCGCCAACUCGUACUUAUCCUCUUGACACCCAACGCUAUGAUCCAGAUUACCACAGUUCCAAAAAGGAUGAUAUGGUGGUUAAGGGUGUUCAAGAAGCGCACGCUGCUAUCGUCAACGGCGAGGUCGUCAGUGAGGGUUGUCCGAUACCGUCUGUUGACAGCAACUCUGUUGCUCAUAUCGACGGCUCUCAAGUUAUAUGUGAAAAAAUACAGGAAAAAGGCGGUAAAAUGGACAGCAUCAGACACAUUGGUGCACGAAAACUUCUACGUUCUCUAGACUGCAGGCGAAGAACCGCAGCGACUUUGUUUGACGACACCAACAGCGACGUGGUCAAAGUUCCCAAAUCCUUAGCAUCUGUAUCAACCCAUGCGAAUGUCGAUACACUCACGGAGAGCUCUGUGCACAAUUCCUGUGGCCCGGAAUAUAGUGCCUAUGUGACCUCGAAUCAAGUUCGCCUCACCGAAGAGUGGCAGUAUGAUGCUACCGAUAUACGAACCCGCAGUGUCAUUCGCACUCGCAAACGGAGCCUCCAUGCAGCUAAAAACUCAAAGAGGGGCCGAAUUUCCCGUAUGCGCAGUUUGGACUGCAUGCACAAUAACUCUGCGUUUGAGACUAGUGUCGACAUCUUUCAAAACCAAACCUUUGGCAUUCAUCCUGACUUGGUGAUCAAUGUUGGUGAAAACCAGUCGAAGAAAGAAGAUCUCAUUGCUCGCCUUCCCAAAGAGGAAUGCGAAACCAAAAGAGUAUCAUUCAUUGAAGUCGGCCGACAAUGA